AUGUUGGGAGAAAAGAGCCAGCCGCCAUUUUGCCUGAUGGAGACGUUUGCUGUGUUAGUGCAAUUACUUUAGACAUAGUAUUGGAUCCUGUGCUGUAUUUUUUUUUUUUUUUGAAGCUGCAGCUUUUUAUCUGUCUGAAGAAAAGGAUCAUUACUGGUUGCAAAACGCUCAUUUGAAAUCGAGCGGUUGACGGUGCACACGAAGAAGAUUGAGGCGGUCAUGGGUCGCUCUCGCAGCCGCAGCUCGUCCCGCUCUAAGCAUGCCAAGAGCAGCAAACACAACAAGAAGCGAAGCCGCUCCCGAUCCCGGUCCAGAGAUAAAGAAAGGGCCAAAAAACGAUCCAAGUCUCGCGAAGCCAAGAGGAAUCGACGGAGAGAGUCCCGGUCGCGUUCCCGUUCGGCCACCGCCGCAGUUUCCCGGAGAGAGCGCGAGCGGGACCGCGAGAGAGAAAGGGAGCGCGCCGCCUCGCCGCCCGAUCGUAUCGACAUCUUCGGGCGAACGGUGAGCAAGAGGAGCAGCCUGGACGAGAAACAGAAAAAAGAAGAGGAGGAGAAGAAGGCCGAGCUGGAGCGGCAGAGAAAAAUUCGCCAACAGGAGAUUGAGGAGAAGUUGAUUGAAGAAGAGACGGCGAGACGGGUGGAGGAGUUGGUCGCCAAGAGAGUGGAAGAAGAACUAGAAAAACGGAAAGAUGAGAUUGAGCGUGAGGUGCUCCGGAGGGUGGAGGAGGCCAAGCGCAUCAUGGAGAAACAGUUGCUCGAGGAGCUGGAGCGUCAGCGGCAAGCUGAGCUCGCAGCACAGAAAGCUAGAGAGGAAGAAGAACGAGCUAAACGGGAGGAGCUGGAGAAAAUAUUAGAAGAGAACAACCGCAAAAUUGCUGAUGCUCAAGCUAAACUGGCUGAGGAGCAGUUGAAAAUUGUUGAAGAGCAAAGAAAAAUUCACGAGGAAAGGAUGAAAUUAGAACAAGAAAGGCAGCGUCAGCAAAAAGAGGAGCAGAAACUCAUUCUGGGCAAAGGGAAGUCGAGGCCCAAGCUGUCCUUUACGUUAAAGCCGAGUGAAUAAACUGCAGCUUGUAUACUUUUUUCAAAACUGUGUAUGGUAGCUUCAUGUUGAAGUGUUUUUCUCUGGAAAGUCUGACAAGUUGGCUUAUACUGAUGUGGGCUGUGCUCAACAAUCUUUCUUAACGAAAAGAAGCAAAUGAUUUUAAACGGAUUUUCCUCAUUCUGAUGUUAAACUGGCAAAAGGUCUUUCUCUCAUCUGUCUAGAACAGUGGACCCCCCCCCCCCCCCUUUUAAUUUCUCCUCUACCACAUUUUUUUUUUUAUUAUUAUUUUUUUAGCACCAAACAAAAUUGAUGAGAGAUUUUCUUUUUGUGUUCUUAAGAUCCUGUGUGAUGUAAUGUAACGUAAGAUAAUGUCAUAAUUAAAAGAUGCGGUUGUUCCAUC